UGAGGGUAAUAAUUAUUGAACACGCCUACAUUUUUUUCAGUAAAUAUAUUUCCAGUGAGGCUAUUCACAUAAAAUUUCACCAGAUAUCAGUACUACAGCAUUAAAGUCCAUAAAUAAAGUUAUAAAGUGGGAUGACACAGGAAAAAGUUUUAUAUAUAUUCUUUACAUAUAUUUAUAUAUGUUUUACUGGCAACAGUAAAAUAUUUCAGUUAGUUCAUAGUAGUUACUGUUUAUUUUAGCUGUGGAUUAUGACUCAGGAGGGGAAUAGGAAAAAUCAAGAGGAGGACUCACUGGAGGUGGAGCAGAAGAACACUUGCUAGGUCUUUCAUGCAUAAGGCACUUUAUUUUGCUCUCGACUUUAGCUUUGCUUAGGCUUAUACAAAAGUACUGGAGCACAAAUCAACCAGCAAGAUGUGUGGAAAUGUUGCAGAACAAGGCACUGAAUAAUGAACUGGACAAGAAAGAAGAAAAGGUGAAAAGUAACAGUCAAGAGGAACAAAGGAGUUGAAGAAACCAUAAGUUCACAGGAGAUCUUUCUCUACACUCAUGGUAUUUCCUUAAAAAUUGGUGAGAUAACUUUAAAAUGGAUCAGAGAAGCUCAAAUAUUCCACUAGCAUCUGUUCAAGUUUCAGUUCAGUCUUUUACCUCUGGUCUGGAUGCCUGCACUUCUCUGUCAGUGUCACCAGCUGCACAGAGACUGCGCUGUAUCCUUGGAGAGGAAGAUAACGCCACACCAACACUCUUCACAGAGAUGGACACACUGUACCAUGAAGGUGGAGAACUAGAGUGGAAGGAAUCAGCAAGGUGGGUGAAGUUUGAGGAGAAAGUGGAGAAGGGAGGAGAACGAUGGAGCAAGCCACAUGUUUCCACACUGUCACUGCAUAGUCUGUUUGAGCUGCGUACAUGUUUACAGACUGGUAGCAUCCUGUUGGACUUGGAGGGCUACUCUCUGCCUCAAAUAGUUGAUGAAAUAGUGGACAAGCAUAUGCAGGAUGGCCUGAUAGACUCUGAGCUCAGAGAGAAGAUCAGUUUCAUCUUGCUGAGGAAGCAUCGACACCAGACCAAGAAGCCCAUCCAUCGCUCACUGGCUGACAUUGGAAAACCCAGUCCUUUAAAUCGAAGUCCAAGUUGUAGCCAUAGCUCCAUGUAUAACUUGCAUCACUCCACUGAGGACUUGCAAGGUCACCAGAGUGGAACUGUGGGGAAACUAUAUCAUGUUCAGAGCCGUAGUUUGAAUGAUAUCUCAAUUACUCCAAGUUCUGACCAGCUCAAAAACAAGUUUAUGAAGAAAAUUCCUAGAGAUGCUGAGGCAUCCAAUGUGUUGAUUGGAGAGGUGGACUUCCUGGACAAGCCUUUUGUGGCCUUCGUCCGUCUUGCUCAAGCCACAACAUUGGGUGGACUGACUGAAGUCCCUGUACCAACCAGGUUUCUCUUCGUUUUGCUUGGCCCUCAUGGCAAAGUCAAGUCCUACACUGAAAUUGGCCGUGCCAUUGCCACCCUUAUGGUUGAUGAUCUCUUCAGCAGUGUAGCCUAUAAGGCCAAACACCGUGAAGACUUGAUUGCAGGACUUGAUGAGUUUUUGAAUGAGGUGACAAUUCUCCCACCAGGAGAGUGGGACCCAAAGAUUCGUAUUGAACCACCAAAGAAAGUUCCUUCAGCAGAGAUGAGAAAGUCAGUGUUUUCACUAAAUGAACUGGCGCAAGCAAAUGGAACUGCAGGAAGAGGAGGAACAGCUGAUGAUGAUGAAGAGAUGCCUGCCACUCAUGAGCUGGGAGAGGAACUGAGCUUCACUGGGAGAUUUUGUGGAGGUCUUUGGCUUGACAUCAAACGAAAACUACCAUGGCUGCUGAGUGACUUCUAUGAGGGCUUUCACAUCCAGUCUAUCUCAGCUGUGCUCUUCAUAUACCUGGGAUGCAUCACUAAUGCCAUCACAUUUGGAGGACUCUUAGGAGAUGCCACCGACAACUACCAAGGUGUGAUGGAGAGCUUUCUUGGCACAGCUCUAGCAGGAAUGGUCUUCUGCUUUUUUGGCGGCCAACCCCUCAUUAUCCUGAGCUCCACAGGACCUAUACUGGUCUUUGAAAAGCUGCUCUAUGAAUUCUGCAAGACUAAUGGCAUUGACUAUAUGGAGCUGCGCUUGUGGAUUGGACUGCACUCCUGCCUUCAGUGUCUCAUCCUUGUGGCCUCAGACGCUAGCUACAUCAUCAAGUACAUGACCCGUUUUACUGAAGAGGGCUUCUCCAGCCUCAUCUCCUUUAUCUUCAUCUCUGAUGCUGUAAAGAAGAUGGUGGGAACCUUUCAGUACUACCCUAUUAACAUGAACUUCAAGCCUGACUACAUCACUACAUACAAGUGUGAAUGUCUGGCUCCAGACCAAGGUGCUUCAAUGGUUUUUAAUUCAUCUGCUCUACUUGGUCCAGACAACUUUACCGAUUACUCUUUGUACAAUUUCACAGUUCUGGACUGGAGUCAGCUGAGCAAAAAUGAGUGUCUAAAGUAUGGUGGAUCUCUGGUGGGAAAAUCCUGCAAGUAUGUUCCUGACCUGGCUCUCAUGUGCUUCGUCCUGUUUUUUGGCACCUAUUCUAUGACCAUUUCACUCAAGAAGUUUAAGUCCAGCCGCUACUUCCCUACCAAGUGGCGUACCUUGAUUGCAGAUUUUGCCAUUAUUAUAUCCAUUAUGGUCUUCUGUGCCCUGGAUUACCUGAUGUCCCUGGAAACUCCCAAACUGCAUGUACCCACUGAGAUCAAGCCCACUCGGCCAGACCGUGGUUGGGUGGUCAUGCCCAUUGGGAAGAACCCUUGGUGGCUGUAUUUAGGUAGCUUUGUGCCUGCACUUCUUGUUACCAUCCUUAUUUUCAUGGAUCAGCAGAUCACUGCUGUUAUUGUCAACCGCAAGGAGAACAAACUUAAGAAAGGAUGUGGCUACCAUUUAGACAUGUUUUGGGUGGGAAUCCUCAUGGCUGUCUGCUCUUUCCUGUGCUUGCCAUGGUACGUAGCAGCUACAGUCAUCUCCAUUGCUCACAUAGAUUCCCUUAAGAUGGAGAGUGAAUGCAGUGCUCCAGGGGAGCAACCACAGUUCCUGGGAGUGCGAGAGCAGAGGUUGACAGGUAUCCUGGUUUUUAUACUCACUGGAGUUUCCAUUUUUCUUGCUCCUAUACUGCAGUAUAUUCCCAUGCCAGUACUUUAUGGCAUAUUCCUGUACAUGGGAGUAGCCUCUCUCAGUGGCAUUCAGUUUUGGGAGAGGAUGAAGCUUAUCCUGAUGCCCGCCAAGCACCAGCCAGACUUUGUUUUCCUCCGCCAUGUACCUCUGCGCCGGGUGCAUCUUUUCACCUUAGUCCAGAUUACUUGCCUGGCUGUGCUCUGGAUCCUCAAGUCUACUGUGGCAGCAAUUAUUUUCCCUGUCAUGAUCCUGGGACUGAUGGUAGUGAGAAAGAUGCUCGACCUUGUCUUCUCCCAGCAUGACCUGGCCUGGCUGGAUGACAUCCUCCCUGAGAAGGACAAGAAGAAAAAGGAUGAUGAGAAAAAGAAGAAAGUGAGAAAGAAAGCCAAAUGCAGAGAUCAUGACAGUGAUGAGGAGUUGAAAUGUCCCGGUGAUAGUCUUACCUCAGUGAAGAUACCAAAGGAGCCACCAGAAUGUACAUCAUCCUCCCCUGACCCUAACUCAUCACUCUGCACAUGAAGAUCUCCUGCCAUCCAUCUCCACCUCAGCCACUCUCCCAUGUAUAGGUGGAGCCCAGAUACAAGGGGAUGGAUUUACCAGCAGCAGCAUGAGACUGGCAGUGAAACCACAUUACGUUGAAAUAAGAAUAUUUGUUGUUUGAGUGGAAAUGUUUAUUAAAGGUGGAAUAAUACAGGAAAAAAUUGUGUCUAACCUAAAACUUCAUGUGCUUUGCCUUAAGUGUCUAAUGAAUAUAAAAUUAUUUUCAUCUCUAGUGAACAUGUGAAAUUUUAUAAACAACAACUGCUUAGGUCAGUUAACAGCAGCCUUUAUAUUACAUAGCACAUAAAUGAACUUCAGAACUCUCUACUAGAAGAACAGCUACUAUAUAGCACAAUAAUCAGUCAUUUAUUAAAUAAACCACAACGUCAGGCUUUGGUGUUGCUUUGUGCGUAAUAAAACCAGGUAAUUGAAUCUGAAAAUAAUCUAUUUCUUCAGUAGACCCUGGAUUUAAUUAAAAAGUAACUAUAAGAAUGUACUAAAAGUAACUUAGAUUGAUUGUUGACUUAAAAUAUAUAUUUGAAGUUUAAUAGGAUUUAAAAUCAACUUAUGUGUUACAAUAUUAGCAUAUGUUUGAAAUUGAUAGUUAUUGUUAGUUGUUUACACUAAUUCCUCUAUUUUAAUGAAUGUACUAAUCCCUCCACUAAUAUUGGCACCCUUGGUAAAUAUGAGCAAAUAAGGAUGUGAAAAAUUGCCUUCAUUGUUUAACCUUUUGAUCUUUUGUUAAAAAAAAAAACACAAAAAUAUUCUGUUUUCAUGGAUAUCAAACAAUUGCAAAUAAAACACAGGCUUAUGAAAAAAUACCUUUGUGAAAUAUAUGUGUGCAACAAUUAUUGGGACCCUUUUAGUCAAUACUUUGUGCUACCUCCCUUUGCCAAGAUAACAGCUCUGAGGCAAGGGAUUUGAGACCAUUCCUUCAUAUAUAGAAUCUCUCCAGAUCCUUCAAAUUUUGAGGUCCAAACUGGUGGACUCGCCUCUUCAGUUCACCCCCCAGGUUUUCUAUGGGUUUCAGGUAAGGGGACUGGGAUGGCCAUGGCAGGGCCUUGAUUCUGUGGUCAGUAAACCAUUUUUGUGUUGAUUUUAAUACAUGUUUUGGGUCAUUGUACUCCUGGAAGAUCCAACAACUGGACAUUUUAAGCUUUCUGGCAGAGGCAGUCAGGUUUUCAUUUAAUGUCUGUUGAUAUUUGAUAGAGUCCAUGAUGCCCUGUAUCCUAACAAAAUGUCCAGGUCCUUUGGCAGAAAAACAGCUCCAAAACAUUAAAAAGUCACCACCAUACUUAACCUUGGGCAUGUGGUACUUUUCCAUAUGGCUAUCUCUCUGUGUGCGCCAAAACCACCUCUGGUGUUUAUUGGCAAAAGGUUCUAUUUUGGUUUCAUCUGACCAUAGAACCUGAUCCUAUUUGAAGUUCCAGUAGUGUCUGGCAAACUGAAAACACUUGAUAUUGUUUUUGGAUGAGAGUACAGGCUUUUUUCUUGAAACCAUUCCAAACAACUUAUGGUGAUGUAGGUGACUUCAGAUUUUAGUUUUGGAGACUUUCUGACCACAGGAUGAAAGUAACUUCUGCAAUUAUCCAGCUGUGAACCCACUCUUCACAGUGUGUUGAGAAAAUAUAGACACACAUCCUCUUCUUCUAGGUUGAUUCAUAACAUUUCCAGUUGACUGGAACUUUAUUGCCCUGAUAGUGGAAAUAGGCAUUUUCAAUGCUUGUGCUAUAUUCUUAUAGCCACUUCCCAUUUUGUUAAGCUCAACAACAUUUUGCUGCAAAUCACAGCUGUAUUCCUUAGUCUUACCCAUUGAUAUGAAUGACUAAGGGUAUUUGGCCCAUGUGUUACCUCAUAUUUAUACACCUGUGAAACAGGAAGUCAUGAUUGAACAAUUUCCUGUUCCUAGUCACCCAGGUGUACUAAAAAAAAUGUAGAAUAGGGAAUAUAUUUCAAAUAUAUUUUUCUCAUAUGAGUCCAUAGGGGUGCCAAUAAUUGUUGCACACCUAUAUUUAACGAAGAUUUUUUUUUUUUUUGAUAAACCUGUGUUAUGUUUGCAAUCGUUUGAUAUCCAUGAGAGCAGAGAAUUUUUGUGCAUUUUUUUAAAACAUCAAAAGGUUAAACAAUUUCACAGCCUUCUUUGCUCAUAUUUACCAAGGGUGCCAAUAUUAGUGGAGGGCACUGUAUGUGUGAAUGUGCAGUCAAUUUGUGAAGUCAUGUAAUGUAUGUUAGAAAUAAAGA